AUGGCCAACUCUCCCCACGGUGGUGUCCUUAAGGACCUUCUUGCCCGCGAUGCUCCCCGCCACGACCAGCUGGCUGCUGAGGCGGAGACUCUCCCUGCCCUAACUCUCACUGAGCGCCAGCUCUGCGAUCUGGAGCUCAUCAUGAACGGUGGUUUCAGUCCUCUGGAGGGCUUCAUGAACCAGAAGGACUUCGACGGUGUUUGCGAGAACUGCCGUCUUGACGAUGGCAACGUUUUCUCCAUGCCCAUCACCCUCGACGCCUCCCAGAAGACCAUCGACGAGCUUAAGCUCCAGGCCGGCGCUCGUCUCACCCUGCGCGAUUUCCGUGACGACCGCAACCUGGCCAUCCUGACCAUCGACGACAUCUACCGCGCUGACAAGCAAAAGGAAGCCAAGCUGGUCUUUGGCGGAGACCCGGAACACCCUGCCAUUAAGUACCUGAACAACACUGUCCAGGAGUUCUACAUUGGUGGAAAGAUCGAGGCUGUCAACAAGCUCAACCACUACGACUAUGUCGCUCUUCGCUACACUCCCGCGGAAUUGCGUGUCCACUUCGACAAGCUCGGCUGGUCCCGAGUUGUCGCUUUCCAGACUAGAAACCCCAUGCACAGAGCUCACCGUGAGCUGACCGUCCGUGCCGCUCGCGCCCGUCAGGCCAAUGUCCUGAUCCACCCCGUCGUUGGUCUCACCAAGCCCGGUGACAUUGACCACUUCACCCGUGUCCGUGCCUACCAGGCCCUCCUGCCCCGCUACCCCAACGGAAUGGCUGUCCUGGGUCUCCUGGGUCUGGCUAUGCGUAUGGGUGGUCCUCGUGAGGCCAUCUGGCACGCUAUCAUCCGUAAGAACCACGGUGCCACUCACUUCAUCGUUGGUCGUGACCACGCCGGUCCCGGUAAGAACUCCAAGGGUGAGGAGUUCUACGGUCCUUACGAUGCUCAGCACGCCGUCGAGAAGUACAAGGACGAGCUUGGCAUUGAGGUCGUCGAGUUCCAGCAGGUCACCUACCUGCCCGACACCGACGAGUACCGCCCCAAGGACGAGGUCCCCGCUGGUGUCAAGACCCUCGACAUCUCUGGUACCGAGCUCCGCAAGCGCCUCCGCACCGGUGCUCACAUCCCCGAGUGGUUCUCCUACCCCGAGGUUGUCAAGAUCCUGCGUGAAUCCAACCCCCCUCGUGCUUCCCAGGGUUUCACCAUCUUCCUUACCGGUUACAUGAACUCCGGCAAGGACGCCAUUGCUCGUGCCCUGCAGGUCACCCUGAACCAGCAGGGUGGACGCUCCGUCACUCUGUUGCUUGGUGACACCGUCCGCCACGAGCUCUCCUCCGAGCUGGGCUUCAGCCGUGAGGACCGCCACACCAACAUCCAGCGCAUUGCCUUCGUCGCCGGUGAGCUCACCCGUGCCGGUGCUGCCGUCAUCGCUGCCCCCAUUGCUCCCUACGAGGAGUCCCGCAAGGCUGCCCGUGAGGCCGUCGCUGGCUCCGGUGGCAACUUCUUCCUCGUCCACGUUGCUACUCCCCUGGAGCACUGCGAGAAGACCGACAAGCGCGGCAUCUACGCCAAGGCCCGCCGUGGCGAGAUCAAGGGCUUCACUGGUGUUGAUGAUCCUUAUGAGGCUCCUGCUAACGCCGAUCUCACUGUUGAUGUCUCCAAGCAGAGCGUCCGCAGCAUUGUCCACGAGAUCAUCCUCAUGCUCGAGAGCGAGGGCUACUUUGACCGCAACUAG